AUGCAACCAAAUACUCCGAUUAUAUCAAUUAACAAAAUCCAAUUAAUUCAUAUUUAACUGGAUUUGAAUCUCCAAUCGUCUUUAAUUACUUUUAUUACAUAAUUGAUUUUGCAUAUAAAAUUUUAUUUUUCCAUGGAUGAAUUCAAAUCGAAUUCAGAGCGUCCACAAACCUCGCACAUUCUCAAUCAAUUGAAACUCUUGAGACGCAAUCUUAUCAAAUAACCAUAAAAACCACAUAAAUCUACUAGGUCACACUUCGUACCAGCUGACAUUAACAACAUGAAAUAUGUAUAAUCCCCUAAACAAAUCUUCGGUAAUAUCUCUUCAUCGCAAACAUCCUUUAAAAGCAAAGCCACAUCUUAAAGUCACAUAUCACAUGACGAAUCGUACUUGAAUAGAUUGCUCCCCAAAGAGACAAUCAGGAAUAUGAAUAAUUAAACAAGAAAAACCAACAAACUGUUCCCAUUGUUUCAACAACCACAAGGAAGAAUGAAAACAGAUUGGAUAAACUCAAAAUAUAGAUUAUUUUGA